AUAAUUCAAUACUCUAAUGGCGUCUACAGUUGAUAUGGACUUUCCAAUUGAUGGAAUUCUGCCGAAAAAAGAAACCGGUGCUGCAUCAUUCGUCAAUAAGUAUCCAGAUUUUGACGGUAGAAAUGUUUUGAUAGCAAUUUUAGACACCGGUGUCGAUCCAGGAGCUUCUGGGUUACAGACAACAACAACAGGUGAACCUAAAAUCAUUGAUCUGAUAGAUACUAGUGGGUCUGGCGAUGUUGACACUUCAACUGUGAUAGAAGUUAAAGAUGGCAGUGUCAAAGGUCUCACUGGACGUACACUAGCUAUACCAGAAGAAUGGCGUGCCAGUAAAGCACUGGAAAACUUUGACACUGCUCACCCAAAUCCCACUUCUCAGGAAGAGAAACAAGAGAAGGAUGAGUUACAAGCACAGUUAGAUAUACUUACAGAUGCUGAUAAGAAGUAUAAUGAUUGUGGCCCAGUCUAUGAUUGUGUCGUAUUUUACGAUGGAGAUACAUGGAGGGCAUGUGUAGAUACGAGCGAGGAAGGCAAUUUAUCACAGUGUAAACUGUUAGCUAGUUAUAGAGAGGAACAUCAAUAUGGAACUCUUAGUACAGACGAUAUGAUGAACUACAGUAUAAAUAUUUAUAAUGAUGGAAAUAUACUGGAAAUAGUUACAAAUGCAGGUUCCCAUGGUACACAUGUGGCUUGUAUAGCAGCUGGCAACUUUCCAGAGACCCCAGAAAGAAACGGACUGGCCCCAGGGGCACAGGUCAUUGGUAUUAAGAUAGGCGAUUCGCGUAUAGGCUCCAUGGAAACAGGCAGUGCUCUUGUUAGGGCCAUGAUCAAAGUAAAGGAGUACAAAUGUGACUUAGUCAAUUACAGUUAUGGUGAGGCUUCACAUUGGCCAAACUCAGGGAGGGUGAGCGAUAUACUCAGUGAAAUGGUCAAUAAGCAUAAUGUGAUAUUUGUGUCCAGUGCUGGUAACAAUGGUCCAGCCCUCUCAACAAUGGGUACUCCUGGGGGAACCUGCUCUGCUCUUAUUGGGGUCGGAGCACAUGUUACCCCGACAAUGAUGGCUGCGGAAUACUCUCUACGUGAAAAACUGCCACCUAUGCACUACACAUGGUCUUCCAGGGGUCCAACGUCAGAUGGUGCUUUAGGAGUUGAUAUAAGUGCCCCUGGAGGUGCUAUAGCCUCUGUACCUAACUGGACGCUCAAGGGUUGCCAGCUCAUGAAUGGAACAAGUAUGAGUUCUCCCAAUGCAUGUGGUUCUAUAGCAUUGGUCUUGUCUGGGUUAAAGGCGAACAAUAUAGGUUAUAAUCCAUACAGUGUGAAAAGAGCACUUCAGAAUACUGCCAAACAAGUAGAUGGUGUAGAAGUGUUUGCCAUGGGAUACGGUCUUGUACAGGUGGAGAGAGCCUAUGAUUACCUUGUUGGAUAUUGUAAAUCAAUGGAAUGUAAGACAGAGUUUAACAUCAGCUGUUCCGGUAAUGGUAGAGGGAUUUAUAUACGAGAGCCAAUAGAAUUACUAAAACCAUCAAUCAUAGCAGUCUCAGUUGAACCAGUUCAUUACGAGGGAAUUACAGAGAAAGAAGAAAAGAUCUCAUUUUGUAUGCAUUUUAACCUCAUCUGUGAUGCUUCUUAUGUGCAAUGUCCUUCACAUCUUGAGUUGUUUAACACAACUCGCUCUGUAUCAAUCAAAGUAGAUCCUAGUGGCCUCCCAGAGGGUGUUCAUUACACAGAGGUGUGUGCGUUUGAUGUCACAUGUGUUGAGAAAGGACCAGUAUUCAGAAUUCCUAUAACCGUUGUUGUGCCGUCAAGAGUAUCAGAUACUGUUAAUUGUGAAGUACAGUAUAAAGAUAUGAGUUUUCGACCGGGGCAGAUUAGACGACAUUUUUUACAUGUACCGGCUGGAGCUAGUGUCGCAGUUCUACGGGUAAAGUCUAAUGACACGGAGAAAAGCUGUAGAAUGUUAUUACAUACAAUACAGUUGGUUCCCCAGUGUCAGUAUAAGAAAUACGAGUUUGAAAAAUUUGUCAACAUAUCUGAUAGAGGGGAGACAACUCAAGCUUUCCCAGUUGUGGAUGAUAGAACUAUAGAAGUGUGUAUAGCCAAAUGGUGGGCUAAUAUAGGUGAUGUUAACCUAGAUUAUAGUGUAACAUUUCAUGGUGUUAAACCUUCAUCUAGUCAAAUCACUGUUCAUGGUGGUGAUGGUGUGUGUAGGUUCGAACUCAGGUCUCAUCUUAAAACAGAGGAUGUAAGUCCUCAAGUAUCCUUCAAGUCUCUGACCCAGCCUCUUAGACCAACAGAGAGUAAAAUACGGUGUCUGACAGGUGCCAGGGACCUGCUUCCAGAGGGAAGACAAAUAUAUGCACUGGAAUUAACAUAUGGCUUCCAUGUGAGUAAAACAACGGAGGUGACCCCUGACCUGUCAUUACUGAGUGACCUGUUGUAUGAGUCGGAGUACGAGAGUCAACUGUGGAUGCUGUUUGAUAACAACAAGCAAUUGUUGGGCACUGGGGAUGCCUACCCGCACCAGUACAAUGUGAAGUUAGAGAAGGGAGAUUAUACUGUGUUAGUUCAGGUGAGACAUGAUAAGAAAGCCAUGCUUGAAAAGCUGAAGUCUGUGAUAUUGUUGAUACAACACAAACUGUCCAAUUCUCUCAACUUUGACCUCUACGGUAGCUGGCAGGCUGCUCUCACGGGCGGUAAGAAAAUGAAUUCAACAUCGCUAAAGAAGACAGAUCUGUGCCCUGUGUUCACAGCACCAAUACCUGAUGAUAAAAUACCAUUGGUUAAAACAGCUACAGCUGGAUGCUAUCUCUCAGGAACUAUAACUUUACUGAAAGAGGAACCAGCCAAGAAAGCUAGUUCUCUACCAUUCAAGUAUGUAAUAACGGAGUCGCCAAAGAAGAACAACAAGUCAAAUGGUAAAGAUAAGAAUGAUAAGAACAAGGAUAAAACUAAGGAGGAUGAAUACAAGGAAGCUUUGAGAGAUCUCAGAAUUACAUGGUUGUCCAAAUUGGAGAUAAGUCAUCCAUUGUUCGAGGAGCUAAGAUCAGAGUAUGAGGAUCAUCUUCCACUAUAUAUAGCCAGACUUCAGGCUCUAGACUCUGAAAAGGACAGAGAGAAGUGUGUUGGAGAGAUGAUUGACCUAAGCAGAUAUAUACUAUCUAAGAUAGAUCAAAACAGCGUCCUAGCUUACUUUGGUAUGAAGACAGACAACAGUACAGAGGCAAGCACUAUUAAAAGUGAGAAAGAGGAGAAGAAAUCUCAGGUGAUAACAGCAUUGUUGAAACUAGGUACGGCACAAGCUGAUGUUAUACUAAAUGACUGGAACACUGAGUCAUGUACUGUAACUGAUGAUGAUCUAGAUAAAACUAUGAUAGAGGUUGCUAAAUGGACCGAUGUUAAUGAUUCUAAGGUUUUACCCUUAAGUAUAAAACAUGCCAUGGUCCAUAGACAGUAUGGUAGAGCAUUGAAACUCUCUCUGAAACAAAUAGAGGACAAACCUAACAAAGAUGCCGAGCAGAAAAUACUUGAGUUGUAUGGGAAAUUGGGCUGGGAACACUGUGCUAGACAUUUCGCCAACUGGAUUCUAGUUAAAUACCCUCAGAGUUACAGACCUUUCUAGAUCAUGGUGGUGCGGACAAAAUUCAAAUCUAAAUCUAUGGGACUUCCAUACUUGGAUUUUUUUUUAAACUUUGUUUUUGCAAUGGCAUUUUACCAAGACACUGAGUGAAAAUCCGUACCGUUUGUAUGACUUGGAAUUGUAAAGGAACUUUUAUUUUGUUAUAUGCAUGUUCUGAAAAAAAGUUUGCUUGCCCUCUUCUCUAAUUUAAUGUGUGCUAUUAGAUUUUUUUAAAACUUGGCCUUAAUAACUUGUGCCAAAAACGAUAUUGCCUGCUCAAAGGUCAUGGUCACAAUGAACAUACGAUGCUUUUAUACAUGUAUAAAUAAAGAUCACAAAAUCAAGUAUGGGUUUUCUUGAUGCGGGUUAUUUGUGUCCUGUGGAUACGUUUCUUAUUUAUGUAUGUAAAAUGAUAUAAGCUACAUAGUGUAUGAAGAGAAAUUAAUUAGUAGGUGUGUCACGUUUAUCCAUUUAAGCGGGUACAGUCAGUUUGUAGCUGAAAUCCGGUUAGAAAAUUCAAUAACAAAUAACUGAGGUUAGUUUUUACAAAGAGGCGAAACAGUUUUAAAUUGAUUCUAAGUAUUACUAACAAGACAGCUUGUUUGUAUUUUAGUUUUACUCUAAAAAAAAUUUUCCCGAACUGAUCGAGUAUGGUACGACCCUAACGGAAAAUAAUUAUUAUAUAUCGAAUAUGUAUUAUAAUCAUUUUGAGUACAACAAAAUACGAACAAAAUAUCGUAUUUUGUUAAAAGAAACAAAGUUAAUGUUAAAAAUCUAAAGGUUGUUUAAAUGUUUUAACUAGGUUGCCGUUUAAACGGUUAGCAUUUCUUUUAACCGUGACACCCCUAUUAAUUAGUUUGAAAAAUAUAGAUUGUAAAAUCUUGAAAGUUGAUUUUUCUAUUUUAAUUUUAUUGCUUAUCAUUUGGUUUUAGGGACCAGUGCCUUUUUUGAUAAUUUCUUUCAAAUUGCAUAGCUCCUGCCGAUGUUCUUUAUUUGCUGUCACAAAAUUUUUGUUUUGUUAUUUGUUCAUGAAAUUUGUUAAAUAUGAAAUUAUUUUUUGGAAAAUAGCAAUACGCUGGACACACUUGUUCAGGACCAUAGAAUUAUCUUCUAGUGCAAGUUCUGUAACUCUUGCUUGCAUUUAUUUUUCAAAAUUUUGCCUUUUGUUAACUUGGUCACCAUUGAAAAAAUUUAAUAUGUAAGCUGAUUUAGCAGAAAAUAUUUAUAAUAUCUGAUGCUUUAGAAUUUCACAGUUAUUAGAUACAUUGUGUAUACCUAAAUGGACAAUUGGUCAUACGCUUUCGAACAAAGUUAUUGUGUAAUAGUAAUAAAUGGCCUUUACACGAGUUUUUCUUUAUGUAUGUUAAAAGAUAUUUAUCAAACUGGCUCAGCAGUUACUUCCCCUGAUCUGUACAGAAACCAGGUUGUAAUAAUAAUGCAAGUAUUAAAAUGGCCGCCAUUUCUUGGUCACAUGAUAUACCAGUACCUAUUAUCAUAUGAGGUUUAGUGAUGACAGCGGUGUGAUGUAACAGGUGCUUAGGUUGAAAAGUGUUUAUGUGUAACAAUGGGCUAAGAAAUAGACAAUUGUAUAAAUCAUUAAGUGCACUGCUGUUAAAUCUUGUUGUGAUUUUUGGUUGCUCCAGAUUUUAAUGAAUAUUAUAUAUAGCAGAGAUAUUAAUGAAAUUAUCUAUAUAGAAAAAAAUAACAUGUAAAUAUUGUAAUUGCUUACAGUAAAUGUUACAUAUUUAUCACAUUCUCUCUUUUAUAACAAAUCCUAUUUAUGAAAUAAAUUACAAAUUUUUUU